AUGACUGCCUCCAGCGCGGACCAGUGCAUCGAGCACCUGCUGAGCGCCGUGGAGAGCGAGCUGCAGAAGGGCAGCGAGAAGGGCGACGCCUCGGAGAGGGACAUCAGGGUGGCCCUGGAGGACGGCGAGCUGUGGGCCAAGUUCAAGGAGCUCACCAACGAGAUGAUCGUGACCAAAACGGGCCGGCGCAUGUUCCCCGUGCUGCGGGUCGGCGUGUCGGGCCUCGACCCCAACGCCAUGUACACCGUGCUGCUGGACUUCGUGGCGGCGGACGCGAACCGCUGGAAGUACGUGAACGGCGAGUGGGUGCCGGGGGGCAAACCGGAGCCGCAGAGCCCGAGCUGCGUGUACAUCCACCCCGACUCGCCCAACUUCGGGGCGCACUGGAUGAAGACGCCCGUGUCCUUCAGCAAAGUCAAACUGUCCAACAAGCUCAACGGAGGAGGACAGAUCAUGCUCAACUCCCUGCACAAAUACGAGCCGCGGAUACACAUUGUCAAGGUGGGAGGCAUUCAGAAGAUGAUCACCAGCCGGUCGUUUCCGGAGACCCAGUUCAUUGCCGUGACAGCGUAUCAGAAUGAAGAGAUCACUGCGCUGAAGAUCAAGCACAAUCCAUUCGCAAAGGCGUUCUUGGAUGCAAAAGAAAGAAGUGACCACAAAGACGCAGCUGAACACGGUGGGGAUGGUCAGCAGCCCGGAUAUGCGCAACUUGGCGGCUGGUUUCUGUCCGGCAACAACCCCAUCUGUCCCAGCAGCAGCCCUGGCCAGUUCAGCGGGAGUCCUUUGCCCUCCGGCUCGUACUGCGAUCGCUACCCCGGCCUGAGGGCCCACCGGGCCUCUCCGUACCCCAGUCACUACUCGCACCGCAGCGCCAACACGAACAACUACAUGGACAACAGCUCACCUGGUCUGGGGAGCCAUGACGGCUGGCCAGCUCUGCAGGUCCCCAGCUCAGCCGGGAUGGGUGCGCUCCCUCACAGUGCCGGCGCCGCAUCCAACCCUAGCCAAUAUGCAGGCUUGUGGCCGGUGACCGGGACGUCCCUCAACCCCUCGGGCUCCCCCACGGGUGGGCUGACAUCUCAGUUCCUGCGCAGCCCCUCGGUGUCCUACUCGGGCCUGGCUGCUUCCUCCCUGCCGGCAUCCUCACCGUCGCCCAUGUACGACGCCAGCCUGGCCGAGGUGGGCGGCGGCGAUGCCCAGUUUGAGAAUUCCAUUGCCCGGCUUGCGGCCUCCUGGAGCACCCCCGUAGCGCAGAGCUAUUGAACACAUGGCGUCUCUUUCUGGCCCCUUGAACUCCUCCGCCUACAGCCCAUAAGGCCUCGCUGCAUGAACCCCUCCCCCCACCCAACACCCUCCCCCCUAAGGGAGCUCCACUACUCGUGGGUGUUAGAGACUGUCCCAACUGAGUGGGAGUU